AUGCUAUCUACAGCCGUCGCAAGCGUCAAUAACAGUCAAGACAUACCAGUAGAGUGCCGCGUUUUAUUAGACUGCGGCUCACAAGCUAAUUUUAUUUCUAGAAAAUUGUUAAACAUCCUAGGUUUAAAGCCUCAAAAUCAAAGCGUAUCCAUUUCCGGAGUUAACGGAUCAGUUACCAAUUCGUCUCAAGUCGUAAAUUUGAGAAUUCAUUCGCUGAUUAAUUCAUAUUACGCCGACAUUAGUUGCAUCGUGACAGAUCAAGUUACAAGUAAACUACCCGCGUACAACUUAAAGCGCGAUAACUUCGACAUUCCGCGAAAUCUCAAGUUAGCCGAUCCCAACUUCCAUAAAGCCGCAGAUAUCGACAUCUUGCUCGGUGCCGAGUUCUUUUGGGAGUUAAUGUGUGUCGGUCAGAUCAAGGCUUCACACAAACAUCCCACGUUACAGAAAACGCGAUUGGGCUGGAUUCUGGCGGGUCGCUUAAAUAACUCGUCGGCUUUAACUAAACGUGUCCAGGCGUUACACGCGAUCGUGUCCAACGCGGAAUUACAUGAGCAAUUAGGCCACUUUUGGCAGCAAGAAGAAGUCACAAACAAGUCAGUCUCUCUCACUGCCGAGGAAUCUUAUUGCGAACAACAAUUUUUGAAAACCGUGUCCCGAACGCCACAAGGCCAAUUCGUGGUACAGCUCCCGCUCAGGGAAAAUAUGGUUCAUAGACUAGGGGAUUCCAGGGAGGUCGCUUUGAAGCGAUUGUUAAAUCUCGAGAAACGCCUCAGUCGCGAUCCACUUUUGAGGGAGCGAUACGAACACUUCUUACGCGAAUACGAGUCCUUGAAUCACAUGAUGGAAAUAGACGUUCCACCAAGUGAGGAUUCAACUCCCUUUUACCUGCCCCAUCAUGGCGUAUAUAAAAAUUCUGACAAUUCGGCCAAACUCCGAGUUGUCUUUGACGCGUCCUGUAAGAGCAGUUCGGGUUUAUCGCUUAACGACGUCUUAAUUGUGGGGCCGGUCGUUCAACAGGACUUAGCUUCAAUUUUAAUGCGUUUCCGCACGUUUGCUUACGUUUUCACUGCCGACAUAGUGAAAAUGUACAGGCAAAUAUUAGUAGCACCGUCACAGACACAUCUCCAAAGAAUUUUAUGGAGAGAUAAUGCGGACUCAAGCGUGAAAACAUACGAGUUAAUAACCGUCACUUACGGCACUUCUUCGGCCUCUUAUUUGGCUACCAGAUGCCUAAAACAUUUGGCCGAACUAUUCAGAACAGACUUCCCGGUGGGAUCCAAGCAUGUUGAACGUGAUUUUUACGUCGACGACAUUCUUACCGGGGCGGAUACGAUAGAAGAUGCGAAGCGAAUCCGGGACGAAAUCGUGCAACUCUUACGCUUGGGGGCCUUUCAGCUUAGCAAGUGGGCCUCAAAUUGUUCAUUAUUGUUAGAAAACGUGGAUAACCCGCAUCUCAACACGGUCGCUAUAACUAACAGCACCGAUUCGCGAAUCUUAGGGAUCCAGUGGGAUCAGGCACGAGACGUCCUACAAUUCUCAUACAAAACCCAAGAUUAUUCAAGCAUAGUAAACAAACGCGGUAUACUCUCCGAAGUAGCCAAAUUGUUCGACCCACUCGGCCUUCUCGGCCCGAUGAUCACUAGUGCUAAACUAAUCCUUCAAGAGCUUUGGCAAGCAGGUGUCGAAUGGGACGAGACAGUUCCUCAGCAUCUCCACUCUCGCUGGAUGGCCUUCAAACAGGGCCUAUCCAAGUUAAGUCAAAUACAAGUCCACAGACGCGUUAAAUUUGCAACAGACCCCCAGUCGGUUCAAAUACACGGGUUUUGCGACGCAAGUCAGCGGGCCUACGGCGCCUGCUUUUACGUUCGCACCGGCAAAGGCGCAGGGAAUUACCGUAUCGAACUACUAUGCUCCAAAUCUCGAGUAGCUCCAUUAAAGACGAUUACGCUACCCAAACUAGAAUUGUGCGCGGCGGUACUUCUAGCGCAACUCUUAAAAAAGAUUUCCGAAUCCUUCGAGUUAUCAAGCAGUCAAAUAUUCUUGUGGUCCGACUCCACAAUCGCCCUAAACUGA